GUACCUUACUAUAUGAACAUGUAUGUAUAUUCGUAGUAUCCCUAGUAUUCCUCGUUCCAAUGGAAUUGGUGCGAGAAAAGGGGCGAGAAAAGGGGCGAGUUGGGUUGGUCGUUGCCUUCCCUCUCUCGUCUGUGUCUCUAUAUAUCGUCACCCUCUCGUCCGUUGUCCACGUCCCGCGAUAAAGGAACCGCGUACGCCGGCGUCAGCAUGCGCACUUGCUAUAUCCAACAUGUCCGUCUAGGUGACUGACUACAGUUGGUAUAUGGGGGGUAGUCGUGCUUACGCGGCGCGGCGCGUUGCACAGGGUCUGCUCAAAUCGUAAUUUCCACUCCCGUCGUUUAAAGUGCUUUUUCUUCGCCUUUGCCUUCGCCUUUGCCUUUGCCUUUGCCUUUGCCUUCGCCUUCGCCUUUGCCUUCUUUGCCUUCGCCUUUGCCUUCGUCUUCACAUAAUCGCCGUGCGUUACUUUUAUCUCUACAUUAUAAUCCAUCGAACUGUUUCUUUUUCACAUCUAUGGACUUUGGCGAAAUAGGCAAUAUAUAGAGAGAUAGGAUCGUAGAAAUUGGCUGGCGCUCAUAAAUGUGAUAGAAAAAGUCUAGAGAGUAGUGUUCACCGGUUACACGGUUAAAUUGUGAAGACGAGAAGGAAGAUAGAGCUAGGGGAAGAGUUAGGGAGAGGGAGAGAGAGGGCUGGGCGAACGGGUGGGAAAGAACGAGAGAGACUACUCGAGGCAGGCGGGCGUAUUGAUUCCCGCGUGGCGUUAUACGGCGAGGUGAGAAAGCUGCAAGCGGAAGAUUCCUCCUGGUUCCUUCAUCGGCAAAGAGAAACGCCAAAAGAAAAGAAAAAGAAAAGAAACAAAAGGAUCUCUGUUAAUUGGAAUUAACCAAAAAGUGGGCCGGUUAGAGUUGCAUCGAGGAACGGCGGGGCGGUCCCUGACUUUUUUCACGAGAUUCUCUCAAAGGAGAAGAGAGCUUAACACGUGGACCAGAAUGAAAGAAUCUAUCAGACACUGGUCGUGCAGCGAUACUUUGGUCCUUCACGCGAGAAAUGCUUUUUAGAAGGAAGAGGGCAUGACGCACCGAACUCAUGCAGUGGCGAAAACACGUGCGCAUCAAGUACGGUGGUCGAGUCGGUGUCGGUCAAGGACAGCAGGAUCGGGAUCAGGUGCAGCUGCAGGUGCGCGUGGUGCAGCUGCAGCGGGAAGGGGGCGCACGACUCAGCUACGUCUGUCAUCAGCCUCAACUCUCGUCUACGGCUCACCGCGAUUGCAGUGCAGCAGCCAUGCUCUGCUGCGGCCGGAGGAAAGAGGGCCGAGUGGAAGUGACAGACAUAAGCGCAAGUCCUGGGAGACAAGCACCUACCAACCAGUUGCGCCCCAAAGAACCACCAUCUUUAGUCAUCCAGGGAGAUUUCCGAAAAAUAAGCGGUAUAAGUUCGGAAAUCUUCAAGCAAAUCGAAACGGUCGAGAACGAUCAUGACGCUUCGACAGCAGCUGCCCUCGAAGCUGUGGAACGACGGGGUGACAUGGUCGUUCGUGUCAUCGAACCCCGACAAAUGGGCAGACAAGCGUCCGAAGCGGCCAAGAAAUUUAUUUCGAUGCAGGAUCCUAAACAUCCCAUAGAUUUUGUUGAGAUAAUUAAAAGGCCGGGUCAGACGCUUGGUUUAUACAUACGCGAAGGUAAUGGCAUGGACAGAAGCGACGGAGUAUUUAUCUCAAGGAUAGCAUUGGAAACAGCAGUUUAUAACAGCGGUUGUUUGAAGGUGGGUGACGAGAUUCUCGCGGUAAAUUUAGUGGACGUGACACAUAUGAGCCUAGACGACGUAGUUAUUAUUAUGUCGAUACCAAGGAGGCUCGUUUUGUCGACCCGACACGGUCCACAUCAAGCUGUCUCUCAUAGUCGUCAAGUUGAGCACAAAGCACCACCGGUGGUAGUGAUCAAGAGGGAACUGAACGAAGACGAGAGCGAUCAUGCUACCAGCAAUCACGUCAGAGAUAGCAGUCGCAGGCGAGGCGACGGACGAGAAAUGUUGCCCUCUCGGUCGCGAUUAGGUCUAACUGGUUUAGGAUCGAGUCAAGAUUUGGGUUCCAGUAAUGGUGAUCUUUAUUACAAUUCGAGACCGGAAGGACAUUGGUCUUAUCAACCGCCUCCACCGCCAGUUAUCACGCAUCAACCGAAACCUGCCACCGCACAACAUUUUCAACCUUAUGAGCGUGGUUAUCCAAAGACUUUGGAAAGUCUAGCAGAGAAAGAUUUUACGAAGGUACACUCCUUCUAUACCGGGCCAGUAAUGCCCUCGAACGACGGCCGCCGAAUGUCCACUGGUGGCGGAAUGCAAUCGGUCGCAGGAAGAUUGUCAAGUCAAGCUCAGUCAUCUCAUUAUGGUUAUUCUCAGCACACCGGAAGUGGAAGAAUGAUUCCCAGAAGUGGUUCGGAUCAACAUUUGCCACGGGUCGAUUACGCUAGCAUAACGAUGCCAGCUCGUCAUACUCUUCUCAGGUCGAGUUUAAAAUCAGGAACAUCAGCAUUGCGAUAUAAUACUAGAUACGGAACGCAAGCCGACACGCCGUCGAUUACACCAAGACGAAAUCCAGUUGGUACUCUAACUAGAAGGCACAGACCAUCUUUGGAUUAUGCUUCCGAUACCGAGGCUACCUGCUCGAGUUCACCUAAAUCUGCCUACUAUUAUUAUAGACAUAAUAUGAAUAAUCCACCAUCCAGCAGUGCCGUAUCGCAUCUUGCUACGCUUUCAAGAUCGCAAAUUGGUCAGGGUAUGACGGGAUUAAGAUCAAACUCUUUACCUCGAAGUGGUAGAACGUUGCCGCAACAGCCAGGUAUCAGGUCAGGUCUCAGUACUGUAGCAUCGGGAUUGAUAGAUCAGGAAGACAGCGACGGUGCUUUAUCGGCUCCAGAAUUGCCUUCGAUCAGACGGGAUAGAGGUAGGAUACCAUCGUCCCCUAGCGUAUUCACUUCCGACGAAUAUCGAGCGUGGCUGAGCAGAACUCCUAGCACAAGUGCACUGUACGAACAAAUCAGAGCAACCACGAACCGACCACCUCGUUAUACCUAUAGCGCCGAAAAUAUUCACGCAGCAGCCAAUCAAGGCGAUUAUGGUAGUUAUGGAGCGUACAGGCCACUUUCGAGUACGUUGGAUCGACUCUCAACGAGGUCAGCGUCGGCGCAACAAGUUAAUUUAGCAAAUUUAAGAGCAUCGACGGCGAUUAGUUCGACGUGUCAUCGGGGUACAGGCAAUCCUAGGCCGGCAUCGGUGGCUACAAGCGCACGUUCCUCCUUGACCAGUCAAAAGCCGUCGUUAGGAAGCUCUGCGAGUCAAAGAACUACGUCUGUUAGAAGAAUUAGAAAUUUAUUAGACCUUGAAUCUACGAGAAGUAUACCGACUCCUACACCUACCAGAACUCAGGAUCAAAGACUGCUAGAUAUUAAUCCUGCAGAGUUCCUCAAGUAUAAGAUAGAAAAGCCACCGACGGUGGGUACUCCGAGCUCGACCAGUUCCCUUUUGAGUUCGCUCGGAGAAACCAGCGGUGGUGAUCUGGCAGGUGGGGUCAGUGGAUUGCUCUGGGUACACCUAUUGGCAGGACGUGGCCUUCGUUCGACUACAACCUCCUCGGCAGCAACUACGCCCUCUACGCCAUCGGGUCAGCCUAAUUUAGCUAGUUGUGGCCUGAGAGACUUAUAUUGCGUACUGGAAUGUGACAGAGUACACAAAGCACGAACUGUCGUGCGAACGGGUGAUUUGAUGUUCGAUUGGGACGAAACCUUCGAGCUGGAUCUCGUAGGAAAUCGGCAGCUGGAUCUGCUUGUUUAUUCUUGGGACCCACAAUACCGGCACAAACUCUGUUACAAAGGAUCCGUACACUUGGCUACUCUGCUUAAAGAAGCGGCGGUGCAUCAGUUGGCCGUUAAAGUCGAACCUCGAGGUACAAUCUAUUUAAGACUGCGAUAUACCGAUGCCCAGCAGACCUUUAGACGCAGAGGAUUACCAGUUAUAUCUCUUGCUACUCGUGUAGCACCUUUGUUCGGAGUUGAUCUCGAUACCGUUGUUAGUCGAGAGUCAAAGACUGGAGGAGUUCCUGGUGGUGUUUCCACGGCACUAGCAAUGGGAGUUCCAAAUGUACCAAUAAUUGUUUGGCGAUGUGUCGAGGAAGUCGAAAGGAGAGGCCUCGAUAUUAUAGGUUUAUACAGACUUUGUGGGUCGGCUAGUAAAAAGAGAAUAUUAAGAGAAGCUUUUGAACGAAAUGCACGAUCGGUCAAUCUGUCACCUGACAAUGUACCAGAUAUAAACGUUAUUACCGGUGUAUUGAAAGAUUACUUACGAGAACUUCCGGAACCAUUAUUUACAAAAUGUCUUUAUCAAAUGAUGGUCGAUGCGUUGGCCGUUUGUUUGCCCGACGAUCCGCAAGGCAACGCUAAACUUAUGUUCAGUAUAUUGGAUUGCCUACCAAAAGUUAACAGAUGUACUUUAAUUUACUUGUUAGACCAUUUGGCAAUGGUCGUUUCUCAAUGUAACAAAAUGUCACCAGCGAGUUUGGCUGUCUGUUUUGGACCGGUACUAAUGUUACACUCCGAAGAAAAUGGCCCACCAUUGGAUUUCCAACAACCGAUUGCCGUAUUAAAAUAUCUUUUGGAAAUAUGGCCAAUUAAGUCAGUUCGGAAGACUUCUUCAGUCGGUUCAGCGCUUCCUCGAGUUACGCCAGCAAUCGAGCACAGCAACAGUCAGCAACAAGUGGAACAACAUCAUCAACAGCAGCAGCAGCAGCAGCAGGUUCAACAACAGGUGCAACAGCAGGUACAGGGAACAUUGGGACGAACAGGGCUGCUUUGGCAGCAGCUACCCUCACUUCAUCGUCCACCCCAAACUACAGUAGCCGAAGCCCUCGCACCCUCCAUUCGUCCUCCUCCACCGCCACCAAUCAAGCCUCGACAGGUGAUAGUCUCGUCUCCCGGUUCACCUAGCAGUGAGGACUCGGAAGCCUCGUCAGAGCCGAUUGACAAGAACCUCCUGGGGGGUUUGGGAUUUGAAAAGGUCGAAGAAGCGACAACUGGUCCGGGUCAGGGUACUUUCGAACAACAGAUCACGCCUACAAGCAGCCUCGACACGGAAGAAGGUCAUAUCGGAGAAGAACCCGAAAAAGAUGUUGAAGGAGACGUCGAGGCAAGCGACGACGAUCGACAACAACAGCAACAACAACAACAACAACAACAACAACAACAACAACAACAACAACAACAGCAACAACAGCAGCAACAACAGCAGCAACAGCAGCAACAACAACAACUACUUCCUAAAACGACCCAAUAAUUGUGGUGCACAGUGAGUAAAAAGAAUCAAUGCGAGAGAGAGAGAGAGAGAGAAAGAAAAUAAAAGAGUCAUGCUUCUUUUUGACCAUAUAAUAUAAACUAAAAAAUACAAAUAUUGAAAUAAAACAAGACCGUGGCUUUGCCGAUAUUUUCUGGCCUUUCGAUUCGCGAGUCGACGACGGUUUCGACAAUUUCGACAAUUUCAACGAUCGUCUUUCCCUCGUCGAUGAUCUCUUCAACCGAUUCGCGAUCGCACGUUGCCUAAAACCCUUAUCUUCUUUAUAUAUCAAAAAUUCAGUGUCACAUUGUUGGUUUUGUCAACUUGUAUUUCAAUAUAAAAAAUAUAUUUGAUCUACUUUUCACUUUUCUAACUUCAUCAUCAAUUUGCUUCUAUAUGAAAGGAUUAAAAAGGCACGUGCGAUAUUUAAAUCGAUCUAAUGCGUAUUAACGUAAUUACAAUAGACGACAUCGUACAAUUACUAAUUAAAAAUAUGAAGAUCAAUAUAGGAUAUUCGACGAAUUAGACGAUCGUCAAAGCAAUUUGAAAAUGCUGAAGUAAACUGUGGGACCAUCGCGAAUAUUCAUUCCCAACUAAACAAUGAAACCGACGUUCCUAGCUCGAUAGGAAACUUUCCUCGAAAUUCACGCAGUUUCGUGAUCUCUUCUAUUGUAAUAAUAAAUAAAUAGGACAAAGAAUCGUGCGAGAAGUGAAGCUUAUAAAGUAUGCCUAUCGAAACUACAAAUAAAUGGUGACAUACAAUAAAGAAAUUUAGGACGUUUAAAAACGUACUAAUAUUUCGUAAUCGUAAUUUCACACAUGAAGACAUUUCUUUUCUAUACCUUGCGAUUAUCAGUUUGAUUUAGUUGUUGAUCUAAUUUUCUUAAAAAUCGCAAUUUUGUUAUUUUCGACGACACGAGCGAUGGAAAAAAACUGGAUGGUAAUUACUUCUUCUUCGUCGAGCGUAAUUUUUUUUUCUUAUCGUUCGUGCGUGAACCAAAAUUUGCCUCGACGACAACGAGUUCGAUAAAGCACGAAAGAAAUGAUUAACCCAAUGUGAGGAAUGCAAAGCUUUCCCCACUCUAGCCACGCAUUACGAUAGGUAUAUAUGCAAAUAAAUCCAGACAAAUAGACAGACAGACGGACAAACAGACGCACACCCUUACAUAAACAUAUAUACAUAUACUCUACAGAGACAUCCUAGGAAAAAAGUGUGAGCAAAAAGAAAUAAUAAAAUAAUGUGACAUACAUAAUGGUCGGUUUAUAUACAAUAUACUAUAUAUACACAUGUUAUAUAUACAUAUGUAGACUAGUCACGAUAUACAUGUGCUUUUGAUAAAAAAAUUAUUACUUGUAGCGUUAGUUAGCCCUCGUAUACAAACAACAAACAGACAACUGCUCUAUAUAUUAUGUAUAAAUAUAUAGUAUUUAUAUAUAGAUCUAUAUAUAUAUACAUAUUAUAAAUAAUACAAAUAACAAAUAUAUACAUACUAAAUAAAAAAAUAAUAUAAAAAAGGGCCGCUACAGAGAGAUGUCGAAAAGAUUACGCGCGCAUGCUAUAUCAAGGAUGAGAAGUUUGAAAAAAAACAUACAAAAGAAUCAGCCAAAAGCGUGGGCAAACGUGCCUGCAUCGCACAUAUAGAAAAUAUACAACACACACACACACACACACACGUACACACGCGUACACAAAAAAGAUCACCAUCGGUAAUAUCGCGACGCGUUCUAUGCAGAAAUGGAAUACAAAGUAAAACGAUAGAUAAUAAAAUGCGAUGCUACAUGUGUGAGAAUUCAUACAAAAAAAAAAAAAAA